AUGUUGCGUCUGGCUCGCGUUGCCCUGCGCCGGGACGCGCUAAACGGCGGCAGCUCCAUGACCCUGGGUUCAAAAGGAAUGAAGCUUUCCCCAGGGCCGCAGCGCAAGCGCAUGCCAUGGACAGCCGCAAAAGAAUACGUCCCAGGCGCGGUUCUCAACGCCAAGGAAAAGAUGGUGUUGGAUGGCGCCCAAUUGGUGGAUGUGGAAAACACCGACCGCGCCUCGCAAGUGGAUCCGCUUGAGGUGCUGCGGGCGACCGUGGCCACAUACGAGUACAACACGUCGACGGGAAAGAACAUUUUUCAGUUGGCUUCCCAGGUGGAAUUUAAUGGGCGCGGGCAGCGGUUCUACCGCAAGGAGUGGCAAGAAGGGACGUACGACAAGUACGUCACACUCUCCGCCGUGGACUUCAGCCGUGAUGGCAACAAGGGGGUUGCGUACGGCUAUGUCACGUUUCACGGCGAGACGACGACGCGGCCGGUGCAAAUAGACUUUGCGGACGUUCCCGGGUGGCAGAUGGAGUUCCAUGCGGGGCGCGCCGUUCCGUUUAGCGCGGUCGUUCCCCCACCCCCGAGCAUCGGUACAGACACCCCCGUCGACCCGUCCACCUACCGCCUGAGGGCGUAUCCGUAUUAUGACGCGCCGAAUCCGGCCGAAUUCGUGGAGCGCCUUUUGAAGGACCGCGGCGUGCUGCCCGACACGCCGGUGGCGGCGGACGAGCCCAGCGACGACCCUGCGCGAGGCGACGGCUCCGCGCAUUACGAGGGGAAAAAGUAG